UCUCCACCCAUUAGUAAACUGUAGAAAGAGGGAGGGAACUGGAAGUCAAAUAGGAGAGCAGGAGGUUGAUCUAAUGAAGGCAGCCAGAAGCAGUGAAAUGUCUCUGAAAGAAAGUUAAAUCUCAAGAAGAAAGAAAGAGGGGAAAAUUUACAACUCAUGGGUUCAGGAUUAGAAGUUUAAAUAACAUACCUUCCUGUUGAACUUGAUUUAGUUUUAAUUAGUAGCCUUUUCCCCUUAAGGUAACUUAACGCAUGGUCUGAAGAUUUUAUUUCCUCUGAGAAGACACACAACUGCAAACAUCAGCCAUGGCGCCUUCUCUCGUUCAGGCCUACAGGCGGCGCUGGUGGAUGGCCGUAACAGCUGUGAUCGAAAACCUUCUUUGUUCGGCCGUGCUGUUAGGCUGGGGCUCCCUGCUCAUCAUGCUGAAGAGGGAGGGCUUCUACUCUCACUUGUGCUCGGGAAACGACUCAGUGGUCGUGCAUAUGGGUAAUGCCACUGAUGGACAUGCAGCAGACUGGCUGAUCUGCGUGGAACAGGAGGAGAUGCUGAAUCUUGGAUUCACCAUUGGCUCCUUUCUGCUCAGUGCCACAACCCUUCCUUUAGGCAUCCUAAUGGACAAGUUUGGCCCCCGUCCCAUUCGGCUGGCUGGCAGUUCCUUGUUUGGUCUGUCCUGCAUCAUCAUGGCUGCUUCUGCAUACAACCCUAAUGUGCUCUCAGGGCUCAUCUUCUUAGCUCUCUCGCUGAAUGGCUUUGGAGGCAUCUGCCUGACCUUCACCUCCAUCACGCUUCCCAACAUGUUUGGUUCUCUGAGCUCCACCAUCAUGUCACUGAUGAUUGGCUCCUACGCUUCCUCUGCUGUCACCUUCCCCGGCGUCAAGCUGAUCUAUGAUGAAGGCGUAGAUUUCCAUAUAAUCAUGUGGAUGUGGGCGGGACUUGCCGGCCUUGUGUUUUUUAACUGCUUUUUUAACUGGCCCUCAGAGGGUUUCCCAACCCCAGAUGAGGUCGACUACAGUAAGAUCCUGUCAAUGCCAGAGGUUCCUUCAUCUGAGCAAACAGCUGUAGGGGAGAGACUGAGCCAGAAAAAUGGAGAUAUUCAACACUCCAAAGAGAAGCUUCCAAAUGGACCCGAUGCUGCAACAAACACUGUUCCUUUCCGACGCUCCGUCUUCUCCCCCAUCUUCCUCUGGAGCUUGAUCACCAUGGGGAUGACUCAGCUGAGGAUCAUCUUCUUCAUGGGAGCAAUGAAUAAGAUGCUGGAGUUCAUGGUCACCCGUGGGGGACAACACCCACCUGAUAAUGUUGUACGCGAGGCAGAAGAAACUGUGAGUUUCUACUCAUCCAUCUUCGGCACGCUGCAGCUGCUGUGCCUGGUGACGUGUCCUCUGAUUGGUUAUAUCAUGGACUGGAAGAUGAAGGAGUGUCAGGAGGAGACGUGUCCCUUGACAGGCAUAGUCCAGAGCCCCAGAAGAGACCGUAAGAUCCAGAAGGUAACCAACGCCAUGAGAGCGUUCACCUUCACAAACCUCCUGCUGAUCUUCUUUGGAAUCUGUAACCUCAUAGAUAACCUGCCCUUACAGAUCUUAACGUUCAUCCUCCACACUAUGGUCCGAGGAUUCAUCCACUCCUGUUGCGGCGGCCUCUAUGCUGCAGUCUAUCCCUCCAACCACUUUGGAACACUGACAGGCCUCCAGUCUAUGAUCAGCGCCGUGGUGGCUCUGCUACAGCAGCCGCUCUUCAUCGUCAUGGUCACGCAUCUACAUGGGAACGCUUACUCGAUCAACUUGGGCCUGCUCAUCGUCUCGUUCACUGGCUUCUUGCUGCCAGGUUAUCUAUUUUUCCACCGCAGGAACCUGCUGAGGGAAUAUAAGGCUAGAGUUGGCCAACCUGCCACUCAGGAGAUGCAGGCUCUCAAGGCCAGCGAAACAAACGGUUUCAAGCCGCACACCAACGGCAGCGCUGCAACAGAGGCUUAGACCAUUGGGGGCCAAAUCCAGUCUUCGAAGGCCCGGCGUGCUGCAACUUUUAGAUGCUUCUCUGCUUAAGUACACCUGACUACAAGAUGAGCUCAUCAUCAGAGCUAUAUAUAAAUCAGUGGUUUAGAAAAUUCAUUCAGGUGUGUAGGGCAAUGGGGUACAUCUAAAACAGGCAGGACAGCAGCACUCCAGGAUUUGAGUUGAAGACUGCUGGCCGGGGCAUUAGCAGGACUGUAAAUAGGGGGAUAUGUUUCAGUAUUGGGAUUCAGAAUGAUCACCAGAGGACUGUUUCUCAAAAGCAGAAUUAAGAAAUGCAAGACAAUAUAUAUAAAGCCAGAGGGAGCAGCACAUCCUGGUUUUAUCUGCUUCACAAAUGCCAAGCCAGGUGCAACAAUACUGGGUCUGUUAAGCCAGGUUUAAGUUAAAUACAUGUACAACUGCAGCUUUCUUUAAAAAAAAAAAAAAAAGAAACAUGAUGUUGAUCACAGAUUAAUUGAUGCAGCAAACUGAUCCACCAGUCGCUCUGCUGAGUAGAGGAUUAAACCUUUAAAUGUAUUGGGAGGACAAGGGAUCUAAUCCCAGCUACACCAAGAAGGAAAUCUGGCAA